GUCGUUUUUUAUAGUAGUUAUGCGCAGUUUAUUCUUUUAAAAGAAAAUAAAAGAUAAAAAAAAACCGUGUCAGAUAAGAAAAAAAAAUGUCUUCUUCUUUCAUUCAAAAGAUUUCCUGUUGAAGCUAGAUUAACACAAAAAAAAUGUAUUAAUAUUCUAUUUCCCCGCAGUUAAUAUAUAUUUUCUUAUAGAUUUUAUGCAUUAAACGUUCUCGCUAUGAAAUAUGACAGUACCUCUUUUUAGUGUGUUUUCUUAUAUCAACUACAAGAUUUCCCAAGAGUUAUGUGAAUUCCUAGCAACAAAAAUUAUUUAAAUGUUAAAAUAAGAAAAAAAUCCCAAUUAAACAAUCUCUACUCGACGCAAAGGUGCAAAUUAUUGUUAUCUCCAAAAACAAAAAACCAUGAUGGUGUAUCACAAUUUGUAUCACCUUUGUUUUUUUCUCAAAACGGUGCAUUUAUUUUGUUGUGUGUGAAAGCUAAAUUCUGUUGAUUUAAAUUUUAUAUUUCUCAAUUAAAUAAAUAUUGAAAAAGUCAACUUAAAAUUUUAAUAAAUAUUCGCUCAUUGAGAGGAAGACGUAUUUUCAUUGGGAAAAUGAAAUGUGUUGUGUGUUUUUAGAUUUUUAGAAAUAAAAUAAAAUAAAACAAAACAGCUCCAUUGGAUUGGAAAACAGUAUUCAUAUGCAAUAGCAAUUUUUCCAAGCUUCUCACAUUGAUCUCGUGUCGAUACCUUACAAAAUUCAGGCCGAAAAGGACAAGAAGAUUGCCACCACCUCUCGCAUUUACUGACACUGACAACAAGGAAUACAAAAAAAAAGCUAGUGCUUAGACAUAAAAUCAAACGAAACCAACAACUGAGAAUGGAGAAAAAAAUAUCAAUGGCACAACCAAGGAUUUUAAAAAAGAAACAUUUUCGGGUGAAGCAUCAAAAAGUGAAGCUCUUUAGGGCAAAUGAACCUAUUCUAAGUGUGUUCAUGUGGGGCAUUAAUCACACGAUUAAUGAACUGAGCCAUGUAAAUAUACCAGUUAUGCUAUUGCCGGAUGAUUUUCGGGCAUACUCCAAAAUUAAAGUUGACAAUCAUUUGUUUAACAAAGAAAAUAUGCCAUCACAUUUUAAAGUCAAAGAAUAUUGCCCGCUUGUAUUUCGAAAUUUACGCGAACGUUUUAAUGUAGACGAUGUUGACUAUCGUGAAUCGUUAACACGAUCUCAACCUAUUCAAAUCGAUUCAUCGGGAAAAUCAGGUGCACAAUUUUAUCAAAGCUACGAUAAAUUUUUUAUUAUAAAGAGUCUAACAUCAGAGGAAAUAGAAAGAAUGCAUGCGUUCCUAAAACACUAUCAUCCGUAUGUUGUUGAAAGACACGGGAAAACACUUUUGCCACAAUAUCUAGGCAUGUAUAGGAUAACUGUUGAAAGUGUCCAGUAUUACUUUGUUGUAAUGCGAAAUGUAUUCAGCUCACAUCUUACCAUUCACAAAAAAUUCGAUCUGAAGGGCAGCACAGUUGAUCGCGAAGCCUCAGAAAAGGAAUUAGAAAAGCAAUUACCAACAUAUAAGGACAACGAUUUUAUAAAACAAAAAAUGAAACUUGAGAUUGGUGACGAUGCCAAAAGGAAACUUUUGGAAACUUUGAGCAAUGAUGUCGAUCUACUAACAAAACUGCACAUCAUGGACUACUCACUUCUAGUUGGUAUACAUGACUGUGUAAGAGCAGAAGAAGAAGCUCUUCAAGGUGAAAAUUCCCGGGAUCCUGGUGGCCGAAGUGAUAACAGUGAAAGUGAAGAAUAUGAUAGCGGUGAGAGGUGGACUUACAAUACUCCACCAGAUUCACCAAGAGGUGGAGCGCAAUAUAAUGAAGUAGUGUAUGAAAUUGAUAUAUAUGCCAUUCCAAGUAUAGAAGAACGAAGAGAAAUAUACUUUAUUGCAAUAAUUGAUGUACUUACGCAGUACGGAGUGAAAAAACAGGCGGCCAAAGCAGCAAAAACAGUCAAAUAUGGCAGUAAUGUUGAUGGUAUAUCCACUUGCGAUCCAGACCAGUAUGCUAAACGAUUUAUAGAGUUUAUGGAUAAAGCUAUUGAAUAGAUAAAAUAAAUG